AUGAUUGUUGGAAUCUCGGACAUUGAUGGUGGUUACUCGUUCAACGAGGUGUACACAGUCUCUGGUUGUACGAAAGCACCCUGGCUGCUCAUUGGAGAAGGUUCAGAGAGAACGAUAACCACCGAAGAAACCAUCCAAGUUCUCAGAGGCUGGAUAGACACCUGUCUUACUUCUCAUCCUGCGUGUGCGAGACAACAGAAAAACUUGCCCACGCGAGUUUUGGACGUGUCCAGCCACAAUCCUUCAUUACGUGCCUCUCAUGGAGAUAGAGAGCCAUACGCAGCGCUGAGUCACUGUUGGGGAAAGUCGCCCCUGAUACAAACGCAUCGAGAUACUCUCCGAGAUCGAUUUGACGCAAUACCUUGGAACAAUCUUUCAAAGACAUUUCAGGACGCUGUAACGACUACCCGGGAGUUGGGACUUCGAUAUCUCUGGAUCGACUCACUUUGCAUCGUCCAGGAUGAUCCGGAAGACUGGGCAAGAGAGUCUGGAAAAAUGGCUUCAAUCUACGAAGGUGCUCAGGUGGUGUUGGCUGCGAGUGAUGCAAAGGAUGGGCACGAUGGAUUUCUGAGACCUCGUUCUGGUUCAGCUUCACCAAAAUCAAUAUUUCAGGGCAUCAAAUCCAACGGCAACUCAUACUCAAUUCGAAUACGCAAGGGAGAUUACCAUAAAUGGUAUGGCGAUGCAUUGCCUCCCCGUAGCCAGAGUUCUCCAGACUCCUCUCCGCUAUCUACCCGAGGAUGGGCAUUUCAAGAAAGGCUUCUUGCCACCCGUUAUGUGCAAUUUCGAUCGGAAGAAUUGAUCUGGGAGUGUAGAUCUGCUCUGUGGUGUGAGUGCGGAGCGUUGACCCGUCCAUCUCAACAGCGCGAGCCUCUGUCCAAGAAAGCCUUCUACGACACUCUGGGGUCUUCUACUCAUUCAGAGCUAUUCUCUUUGUGGAGUAAGAUUGUAAAUGCCUAUGCUAUUAAGGCAUUGACGAACGGAGGGGAUGUCCUUCCAGCAUUAUCGGGUCUGGCCAAGCAGUUCCAGAAAUCAAAUGCUGGAACAUACAUAGCAGGGCUAUGGGAAGCUGACUUUCCUCUUUGUCUUCUAUGGGAAGCGCGCGCAGCAAAAGCGUCGCCGUAUCGAGCCCCAUCUUGGUCUUGGGCAUCC